AUGGAAAAAUUUAAUCACACUGUGACUGAGUUCAUCCUGAUAGGUUUUACCCAGGAUCCUAUGAUGCAACUGGUGCUCUUUGUCCUUUUCUUCAUAGUGUAUUCUGUGACAGUGAUGGGGAACAUCACUUUAAUAGUCCUAAUCUGUAUGGACUCCCGGCUCCAUACCCCCAUGUAUUUCUUCAUCAGCAACUUGUCUUUUCUGGAUCUCUGGUAUUCUACUGUUUACACCCCCAAAAUCAUGAUGAUCUGUAUCUCUGAAGACAAGAGCAUUUCCUUUGCUGGGUGUGUGGCUCAGUUCCUCUUCUCAGGUGGACUGGCAUAUACUGAAUGCUACUUGUUGGCUGCCAUGGCUUAUGACCGCUAUAUGGCCAUCUCCAAACCACUACUCUAUGCUCAAGUCAUGACUCGAAGAGUCUGUAUAGGUCUUGUAGCAGCUUCAUAUCUUGGAUCCUUUUUUAUUGGUAUCAUCUUUACCCAUGAAACAUUCACCAUGCCUUUCUGUGGGGAUAAUGUCAUUGAUGACUUCUUCUGUGACCUCCCACCCUUAGUGAAACUUGCAUGUGAUGUAAAAGCCAACUAUCAUGUUUUUCUUUAUUUUAUGCUCGCUUCCAAUGUUCUUACACCAAUAGCAUUCAUCCUAGGCUCUUACAUAUUCAUCAUUGUUGCCAUCUUGAGGAUUCGCUCUGCCCAGGGUCAACUCAAAGCCUUUUCCACUUGUUCCUCCCACUUGAUCUCUGUCACUUUGUACUUUGGCUCCAUUCUUUACAUUUAUUAUCGGCCUAAAUCCAGCUAUUUCCUGGAGCAGGAUAAAAUUGUCUCCUUAUUUUAUACUGUUAUCUUCCCCAUGUUGAACCCCAUGAUUUAUAGUCUGAGGAACAAAGAUGUGAAGGAAGCCCUAAAGAAACUCUUAAAGAUGACAGCUUCCUGA